UGAGGAUAGUGAUACAAAGGAUGCUGAAUGCUGAAGCUGUGCUGUUGGCAUUAUACCUUGUGUCACACUGAAGCAGCCUGCUCCUGGCAGAAAAAAAGAACAACACAACAUCUGUCUGAACACCUCAGCAGAAUUAGGUGGACAAUGAACAUGCCUGGCGGCACCCCAGGGGAGGAGCUCACAGAUGAGGAGAAGGAGAUCAUCAACAGUGUGCUAGCUCGGGCAGCUAUGAUGGAGGCCAUCGAGCAAGAGAGGAUUGAGCGUCUUUCCAGUCAUCUGGAUAAUAUCAAGAAGACAGCGUGUGGUGAUGGAGAGAUGCACUGUCUGCUGUGUGGUGCGUCGUUUGGACCACAGGGGGUCACAGCUGUCCUCUGUGUGCAGUGCAAAAAACAUAUGUGUACCAAGUGUGGAAUUUCAAGCAACAGCAGGACAUGCCCUGUGUGGCUGUGCCAGAUCUGCAAUGAACAGAUAGAGGUACAGAAGCGUUCAGGAGCUUGGUUCUUUAAAGGAAGAGAGCAACUGGGUCUGCCUGCCCCCCUUCCUCUGUCCAGACCUGGACAGUCGAGCACAGAAAACUGCUCUACUCCAGCAGGCUACAGUGGAUCACAUCAGGGAUACGAGCGCAUUGCAGGGUCACAGCAGCACAAGUCUUUUGGAUCAGAACAAUGGGAACAGACAGCAAAAACAACAGCUGACAGUUGUAAUGAGGGUCAUUCCCAUCCAGCCGCUGUAAUGAAGACAGAGAGACAUGUGUCAGCCUCCAAACCACCUCAGGCAAACACAGAGCACACAACCCCUAACUCAGUACCUGCUGCAGGUAUGGAGAACCAUCACGCGGAAAGACAAGAAACAUUGCCCCCUCCAGCUGUGGAGGAAAAAAGACCACCUGUUAUCUCUGGCUCUGUUUCAUCUCAUAAGCCUGUCUCCAGAGUUGGUCCACCUGUUAACCCACCUGCCAACAACCCUGCUCCUCCCAGACCCCCACCAGAUCGAACAGAGGAAGACAACAAUGACUAUGACUCAGAUGAUGCCACCACUCUGGGAUCUCUGGAGUUCAGUCUACUCUAUGAACAGGAGAACCAUGCACUACACUGCGGUAUUGUUAAAGCUAAGGGUUUAAAAGCAAUGGACUCAAAUGGACUUGCAGACCCAUAUGUUAAGCUGCACCUGUUACCUGGAGCCAGUAAGUCUAAUAAGCUUCGUACCAAGACACUUAAAAACACCUUGAAUCCUGUUUGGAAUGAAACCCUGGUUUACCAUGGCAUCACAGAUGAAGAAAUGUCACGCAAAACCCUCCGGCUUUCGGUGAGUGACGAGGACAAGUUUGGACACAAUGAAUUCAUAGGAGAGACACGAGUGGCCCUCAAGAAACUGAAAUUUAAUGAGAAGAAGAACUUCAGUGUUUGUUUGGAGAGAGUGAUCCCAGUGAAGAAGGCUGUAGGAGGAUCCAUCCGUGGCAUGGCUCUUUAUGAGGAUGAUCUGAAAGAAGUUGAAAACUCAGAGGAGAGGGGCCGUAUCUUGAUAUCAUUGAUGUACAACAGCCAGCAGAGUCAUUUGAUAGUGGGUGUGGUCCGAUGUGCUCACCUGGCUGCAAUGGACUCCAAUGGAUACUCUGACCCGUUUGUCAAAGUAUGUCUCAAGCCAGACAUGGGAAAGAAAGCUAAAAACAAGACACAGAUCAAAAAGAAGACACUUAACCCAGAGUUUAAUGAGGAGUUCAGUUAUGAAAUUAAGCAUGGUGAGCUAGCCAAGAAAACACUUGACAUCUCAGUCUGGGACUAUGACAUGGGGAAAUCCAAUGAUUUUAUUGGUGGCUGUCAGUUAGGCAUCCAGGCUAAAGGAGAGUGUUUGAAGCACUGGUAUGAAUGCCUCAAGAAUAAAGACAAGAAGAUUGAGCGUUGGCAUGUUCUUCUAAAUGACAACACCACUCAGUUUGAGGAUUGAAAGUUAAAAUCUUCAACUCUUCUCUGUAUUUUUUUUCUCCAUAUCUCUCUGUAAAAUGUCUUCCAUGAGUGCAGGUAGACAAAUAAUGUACUCUUGCUUUCAAUGUAGUUUGCUGCAAAAUGCUAUAUGAAAGCUUCAUUUUAAGCACUAUUGUUUUUUGUGACCAACAUGGAUGUUGACCUUUAUGCUUUUUGUCAAAAGGAGUUUAUCAUAUCAUAAACUGUAUCAGACUAUAAACAAAUAUUCUGACAUGCAGUAAUGUUUGAACUGAUUAUCGUGUUUUAUGGACAAGAUAACGGCCCUUUAUUUUCGUCAUCAAGUCGGCAUGUUGUAAUGAAGUGCGCCUCUACUCAGUCCUAGGAAGCGGUAUUUCCAGUUUUCUGUCUCUCACCCAUUUUCACUGUGUUUUGACUGAUUGAUUGAUUUUAUUUUGGUAUCUACAGAACUUACACAUACUGAUAUUGAUAUGUAUCCAUGUCACCUAAGGUCAUGUGUUAUCAUCUGAUUUUCCAUAUUGUUUGGGUAUGGGUGUUAUGUUUUUAUUUUCAUGUGUUGUAGUACAUAUUUAUUCUGCUUUAUGCAUCUGUUAAAUAUUACGUUAGGCACUGCAGUGAACAAUCAUUUGUUUUGCAUGUGACAUGCAGAUAACAUACUGUUUUCCAUAUCUUCAUGGUCGCUACAUCACCUUCUUCCAUGCAUGUGGGGAGUAUUCAACAACCUAAAAUGUUUCUGCAUGAAAUUAUAAUAAUGAUUAUUUCAAAAACAAGUUUAAUUAUGCAGUGGCUGUUAGGUUGACCAGAUCCUAGGAAACUAAAUGUUGGGAAAAGGCACAAUGUGGCCUGUGUGAAUUUGAACCCAGAGACUAAGGGUUAUACCUCAUGUUCAGUUGUUCAGAAUAUUUAAACGGACAACACUGUUCUGUCUAGUAUUCAUCUUUGGAGUUGAAAAGGUGUUCAUCCAUAUAUACUGGCAAAUCUAUUAUUGAUCAUUUUUCUUGUUCUAUUUUUUGUGAGACUUUUAGGAGAUGAGUUUGGUAAACAAGAACUAAUAGAACUAAUUAAAAUGUGUGACAUUGUCUAAAUAUAUGAAUAUAUAGGAGGAGGGAGUUAAGGGCUUAAGUAAGGGUUCCACUUUAUGUCCAGUCUCACAUAAAGUGGAAUAUCUGGUCACCGGAAGUUCUGUUUUUGGAAUAUGAUGAAAUAUUGCUCCACAGGUAUAUCUUAUAUACAUUUGCAGGUUGUUUUCAGUUACAUAUUCAACAUUGUCCUGUCUGUACUGAUAUUGGUGCAUGUCUGUAGCAACACAUGGCUAAUAAAUAAAGACCUGAUGA